ACCGGUAGCACCAGUCAUAGGCACCGGCUGAUAGAAAAUGCAUGGAAAAUGUGCUAUACAGAGAAGCAGGGCGUACGUUUUGUUUCUCGCGAUGCUUUGUGCUCUUUAAUACUGUUUCAUAGGACCGUUCUCUAGCAUUUGAAAACUUCAACAGAAAGAUAAUGAGCUCGGAGGCGCGUCGCCGAGCCUCAUUUAGCCAUCAGUGCUGCAAUUUCUAAUAUUUAGGGAUGGGCCCGAAAAACAAACGGGCGCCCAUUCGUCGGGAGUACAAGUCUCUCACUAAGGAUGCGCUGCGUCAAGAACUGAAAUACCGAGGCAUAAAAUCGUCCGGCAAGAAAGCAGACAUGGUGAAGCGAUUGGAAAAGUGGGACCAGGACCAGAUGGCAGCCGAUGCAAGUGAUUCCACCAAGGUAGAGUUGGCAGUGCGCCAGCGCAAGACGUCUGAGUCCCUAGGUGGGGUGGCCAAUGGAGGCCUGGCCUCUUCCGCCAGCUCGCAAAAGGAGGCCCUGCGCAUGGAGCUGCUGGCUGGCUGUGUGGACCGCAAGAGCCUGGUGCUCUGGCGAAGACCCAUCAUGACAUUGCGCUAUUUCUUCAGUGAGCUCUUUGUGCUUGCCCUUGACAUGGGUGUCAGGCUGUGGCGGCAUAGGAAACAAGUCAUGGCUGCAUUGUUAGUGUUCCUUCUAUGCACUAUUGCCUACUACAUUGAAGGAUCUCAUCAAAAGCACAUACUGUUCGUAGAGAAGAAAAUGCUCUGGUGUGCCUAUUGGGUGGGCCUUGGAGUUCUGUCUUCUGUUGGCUUGGGGACAGGUCUACACACAUUUCUGUUAUACCUGGGCCCUUACAUAGCUGGAGUAACAUUAGCAGCUCACGAGUGUGGCACUGUGGAUUUUCCUGAACCUCCUUACCCUGAUGAGAUAAUCUGCCCUGAGGAGUCUAGUCCUGGUGCCCAUGUAGGCAUCUUGAAAGUGAUGAGCAAAGUGAGACUAGAAGCAUUUAUGUGGGGUGCAGGCACUGCUUUGGGAGAACUGCCACCAUAUUUUAUGGCAAGAGCCGCGAGGUUAUCUGGCAAUGAAGACCUUGAGGAUCUUGAGGAGUUAGAGGAACUCAUAGAGAAAGAGAAGACUAAAGACUUGUCUAUCCUGGACAAGGCAAAGCUGGCUGUGGAAAAAUUAGUGGAAAGAGUUGGCUUCCUUGGUAUCCUUGCCUGUGCCUCGAUACCCAAUCCACUGUUUGAUCUGGCUGGCAUCACUUGUGGACACUUCCUGGUUCCCUUCUGGACCUUUUUUGGGGCCACCCUGAUUGGCAAGGCCAUCAUCAAAAUGCACAUCCAGAAGCUCUUUGUCAUCAUUGCCUUCAACGAGAACCAUGUUGAACUCUUGCUCAAAAUGCUCAGAUCCCCUCUACCACGGUGUAAGAAGAACAGGUGCUCCAACGACGCGGGGGCCACUGGUGCGAAACGCGUGUCUCUAUUGGUGGUGUUUCACGUCUGCGCCGCUGCACGGCAGCACACAUUAGGAGGCUGAAAAAUCGGGAAAUUUGAACAUGUAAGCGAUUGUAACUGUACUAUAAGUGCGUUGAAAGAAAUUAAAACAAUUUAUUUUUUUUAAGUCUUCCUGCCCUUCACUAUAAUCAUUAAGAUCCCUCAAACGCUGUAACAGACGAUAAUGACUCCAGUAGUUCAGUCGCGCUGCGUGCUCUAGCAGACGGCAUUUGUUGAUCUUUCGAAGUGGUCACUGAGAAGCACUGUGGGCAGAUGAUAAGCUAUUAGUUUACCAAUGUUCACUUCACAAUUGAGGAAUCUAUCAUCGUUCUUGGUAAGCACUUAAAAAUUCAGAUGUCUGAAUCGCAAGAGAGGGAAGGGAGGUCUGCGUUUCGAGCUGCAACGUUGCCUGGUGAAGACUGAUCGUAGGCAAGAAGUGAUUCACACCAAACUGCAACAGCAGGCCUUGCAUGUGCAAAGGCAGUUUCCUUCCAUGUUCACUGAAAAGAGUCGAUUGCAUGGUUCGUCGGAUGCUCUGUAACAUGGACACCAAGUUCUGCAACCAGGAGUGUAUGGGUGUGAGAAGCACUGUGACCCAGCGUACGUCACAAGUUCGUGGACAGCGGCACACAAUAAAAUUUAAAAGGGUCUGAACUUGAGCUUGUUGGUAAGGCUUCAUUAUGCUGAAAUAGCACGGAAAAAAAAUGAGACAAGAGGGCGGGACAAGCGCUUUCCGUUUGGUCUUUCUUGUCCAAAAUUUUUUUUUUUUUUGUGCUGUUUACCCUGUAAUGAAGCAGUGGACAAUAAAUUUGUAACCGUCGGCACGUCCGAAAGAACCAAUUUGAGAAAUAUGGCUAAGCUAGGAUGCACAUCAAAGAAGCCUAGGCGGGCAUAAAUAAUGCCGGAAUCACCCGCUACGGUGUACUUCUUCAUCAGUGUGGUAUUGGCAACCAAAAACCCUGAAUUUAUUUUUUCGGCAUUUAGAAUAAUUCAUUCAAGAGUACGCACGUUGAUACCAUAUAUUCCACAGCAGCAUGGUUUUUAAGGAAUUAGCUGUCUCUCAAUUCGUGGCUUCUAGAAUUUGGACCUUCUGUAUACAAUCUGUAUGUGAAACACUCUUUAUUUGAGUGUAAACAGCGAAAUAUAUGACAAUUAACUUACUUUAUUACGUGAAGGCACUUCUAUUUACUCAGACUAAUCCUAUGCCGCACUCCUCGAAACCCUACUCUGCGUGAAAUGAGAACGGAAACGCAAGGUAUUGUGACAAAUAGUAGCGACGGCUUAUUGAAGCAGAAAUGACGAAAGUAAAUUGGGUUACUAGUGGAUUCAGCAAAAGACUUAACGGUGACUGCCGCAUUGAGAGAGAUGCCAUACGCUUUUGUUUAGAAAGGGUAAAAAAAGCACCGCGGCAAUUAUAAAUCGCAUUUUAAGAUUUUGUAACAUAAAGACAGUGACUGAAGGUUUGUCGCUCUAAAAAAAAGGCACUCUAAAAAACUCAGGCUGGGAAGCGUGCUCCCAGCACGGUCUCCAGGGAAUGUCCGGAUACCGGCGCGCCAGCCCCCUGCAGCUCCCUAUGGCCUCCUUGUCGCGCUCGCCGCCUAGUGGCGGCCCAACAUUAGUGAAACGCACUGCGCAUUUCCGUCGGAGCACCUGUUCUUCUUACACCGUGCCCUCUACCUCCAAUGUGAUGUCCCACCUUCCAGUCUCAAACAGUGACAACAAGCGAUGUCCGGUCCACUUUGUCCCGGACACAAUUAAUUUUCUUUUUUUCAAGUGAGAACCAAUUGCUAUUUCUCUCUUACCAAGAAAAUCCAGUGAGGGAACAAUCAAGGGUAUUACAUUGUGCAUUCUUUAAUGUAUGAAAAUCAGGGUGAACAUUACAUAUAAGGGUGCAUCAGAAUGUAGCAAAUGCAAAUAUAUAUCUUUGUAUGUAUUUCUAGGUGGCACGCCUUUCUUGCACUAUUAUGUUAGAGUAAAAAUUUUGUCUUUAUCA